UGCGCAACGUUUAAUUUCUCUUUUUUUUAUUUAUUUUGUAAUUUUGUAUUUAGUUACUGGAAAUGGUCCAAUAUUGAGAUCGAAACAUCUAAUAAAUGCAAUUAUGAAGAAUAACAUAAUUUUGGCGCCCCUUAUCUAGUGCGGUGACUCUCAUUUACCCGUUUUAUUUAUUUAUGGAUAUUUAUUAUUAUUAUUAUUAUUAUUAUUAUAGAUCAUGAUAUAUUAAGUUAUCUUUAAUUUCUUUGUCUGUUUAUUUCUUAAAAAAAAAUUUUUUUUGCAGACACCUAAGGCAAAUAUUAAGAGAGAAAUAUGAUAUUUUUAAAAUUAUUAUUAAGUAGCGGUUUAAUAUUUUUUGCUGCGGCGGCUCCUUUGACCAACAAACAGUCAUUUAUAUUACUGGAUUAUAUAAAACCAGAGCAUUACAACAUCAAGCUUAUACCAUAUGAUGAAGAUACUUUCUAUGGCGAAUGCAACGUCAGCAUUAAUAUUCUUCAACCCACACAUACCAUAAAUUUACAUUUAGAUGUACAAUGUAUACUGGAUAUAGAGUUAACUGAUAAUCCACCAAGAUUUCAGCAAUCUGAUGACAAAAAAAUGGUCAUUUAUAAACCAAUACAAUAUUUACGUGAUAGUAAGACGCAGAUUGCUGAGUUUUCCUUCAAGAAUGAGAUAGCAUCGGGGCGUUAUACCUUGAAUAUGAAAUUUAUCGGUAUUAUAGCUGAUAAUGAAGGUUUUAGAACUUUUUCUUUUAUAAAAAGUAAAUUGGUCCGUGUUAUGGCUGAUAAAAAAAGCAACGAAACUUUAAUUUUAAUGGAAAGUGAAGAUAACAAUAGAGGGUGGAUAGCUGCAACACAUUAUCAGAUAGAUGGUGCCCGGCAUUUGUUUCCAUGUUGGGACAAACCGGAAUUAAAAGCGACCUUUGAUAUUUCUAUAAUACAUCCUCUUGGUUACACGGCUUUUUCAAAUAUGCCAACACGACAAAUAAAAGUACUUCAAAAUAAUAUGAUAUCGAUAAACUACGAUACUACUCCUGCAAUGUCUACUUCUGUCAUCGCGGCAGUUAUAGUUAAUCGUGCAGAAUUAUUAAUUCGUAAUGCGCUUGGAACUGUGGCCAAUAUGUUAAACAGAAAGAUCAUUUCAUAUCUCCUGUAUCAUGCACAAAAUAUUGUGGAAGAAGUUACGGAGCAUUUGAAAAGCGAAUGGAGAAGAUCACAGAAAAUGUCUCGGCAAAUAGAUCAUAUAGUAAUUCAACAUUUCGAUGAUAAAAACAUGAUAACUUCAGGGAUUGUUUUAUAUAGAGAAUUUGAUAUUGUGUACAAAGAAAUAUUAGAUCCCGUUGGGCGUAAAAUUAAAGUGCUUCGCUUAAUAGUUAGUAAAAUAUUACGAGAAUGGUUUUCAUUUCGGUGGUCACACUCUUGGUUAACCGAGGCUUUUAUUACAUUUUUUGGAGCCUAUGUAGUCGAUAAGGCUAUCCCAAAUACUCGAAUAAUGGAUUUAUUCGUGGUUCAAAUUCAACAAGAUUGUCUGCAUCUAGACGUUGAGUACAGUAUGUGGCCUCUUAGCUCACAAAUCAAUAGUUCUUUUGAAAUUCCUUAUUACAUCAGAGCAUCCGUUAUAUUGCAUAUGUUGCAACACACAGUUGGCAAAGAAGCAUUUUGGAAAGGUAUCCGUACAUAUAUAUAUGACAAUACAUAUAAGUGGGGCGCUUUUAAUGAUUUCUGGACAGCUAUGCAAACUGCCUUCGAUAAAAUAUCAUACUUUCCAUUUGAAGGAUUUAAUAUAACAAAACAGAUGGCUCCUUGGAUGAAGCAAAAGCAUUAUCCCGUCUUGAAAGUGAUACGGAAUCCUGGUGGUUUUAAAAAUAUAACACUAGAAGUUCUCAAUACAUCAAAUAAUUGGAGCAUACCUCUAACGUAUACUACACAAGCAGAUUUGAAUUUUAACGAUACUUUACCUGAGAUUUGGUUAAAUAUGUCAGAUAUGGGAGGGCAUGCAUAUAUUUUGGAUAUUGCAAAUAGUAAUUUUGAUAGAGAGCUUAACGAGUCUGAAUGGAUAAUAUUCAACAUAAAACAAACUGGAUAUUAUAGGGUCAAUUACGAUGCUAAAAACUGGCAAUUAAUUUCGAAUUAUCUAGACUCGCCGCAUUUCAUGAACAUACAUGUUCUCAAUCGUGCUCAACUUAUCGAUGACGCGUUUCACUUAAUGAUAGCACGCCAACUCGAUUCUUCUAUAUUCUGGAAUCUCACGAGAUAUUUACACCGAGAGGAAGAUUAUGUGGCAUGGUAUCCUAUGUUCAAAGCUUUAGAACAAAUGUCGAGUGUUUUUCAACUACAGGAUUUAGAAGUUGAUGCUAUUAAGAAAAAUAUGAACAAAAUAUUCAAUAUACUACUUCAAAAACUUGAAUAUGAUGAAAUCAUCGAUUUUUCAAGCCCGAUUAAGAAAUACGAGCCCGAUUUUAGAAAAUCUUUAAGAGAAGAGGCUGCAAAAUGGGCAUGUCUUUUCGGUGAAAUCAACUGUAGAAAGAAAGCCCACGAUAUAUUGAAAGAAUAUUGGCAAUUUCCACACAAGUAAUUUUUCUUAUAUGUUCACAAUAUUCUUUAGCUACGGUUUUCUGCAUCUAUUAUAAUACGACGUAUAUGAGAUAAAUUAUUCUAUCAAAAUACGCAAAACCGUAGGUUAAAUUUUCCUAACAAAAUUUUAUUUUUGUAUAGUAUUUUUCCAUGGUGGAAAGAAUGGACUUAUUGUAACGGU